UCUGUGCUCGUGCUCAGACUCAGACUCGUAGAAGGGUGGAGUUUGUGCCACCGCCUCUGAAGAACGAGGGAGUAGGGAGGUAGUUGAAAAUCACUAUCUGGCAUUUACCAGCAAAUAGAACACAGUUUCUGCUGGGGAAAAAGGAUUUAAUUUCGAUAUUUCACCUUAUAAAUCGCGGAAACCUUGGUCGGAAGAGGAACCAAGAGGUGAGUCGAGAACCACUCCACACAAGAACACCCCGCAGCGACAUAACAGACUGGGAGUACAUCUCCCACUAAGACCAGUUUCUAUCAGGUGUAACAGUGGUGGAAGCUGAGAGAGGCAGUCAUGGUGGCCCUGUCACUGAAGAUCGGCGUGGGGAAUGUGGUGAAGACCAUGCAGUUCGAACCCUCCACCGAGGUGUACGAUGCAUGCCGUAUGAUCAGGGAAAGAGUUCCCGAGGCACAGCUGGGCCAGCCUAAUGACUAUGGCCUGUUCCUGUCUGACGAGGACCCCAAGAAAGGCAUCUGGCUGGAGGCAGGCAAAGCCCUGGACUACUACAUGCUGAGGAAUGGGGACACUCUGGAGUACAAGAAAAAGCAGAGGCCCCUGAAGAUCCGAAUGCUGGAUGGGACAGUAAAAACUGUCAUGGUGGACGACUCCAAGAUAGUCAGCGACAUGCUCAUGACCAUCUGCGCCAGGAUUGGUAUCACAAACUAUGAUGAGUACUCGCUGGUGCACGAUGUCGUCGAAGAAAAGAAAGAGGAGAUGACGGGCACCCUGACAAGAAGGGACAAGACGCUUAUGAGAGAUGACAAGAAAAUGGAAAAGCUCAAGCAGAAGCUGCACACAGACGAUGAAUUGAACUGGCUGGACCAUGGGCGGACUCUGAGGGAGCAAGGAGUAGAGGAGACCGAGAUGCUGCUGCUCAGGAGGAAGUUCUUCUACUCGGACCAGAAUGUGGACUCCAGAGACCCGGUCCAGCUCAACCUGCUCUAUGUCCAGGCCCGUGAUGACAUUUUGAAUGGAUCCCACCCAGUCUCUUUCGAGAAGGCCUGCGACUUUGCCGGCUACCAGUGUCAGAUCCAGUUUGGUGACCACAAUGAGACCAAGCACAAACCAGGCUUUCUGGAUUUGAAAGAGUUCCUCCCUAAAGAGUAUAUCAAGAACAAAGGAGAGAAAAGAAUAUUUCAGGCACACAAAAACUACCAAAACAUGACAGAAAUUGAGGCCAAAGUCAGCUAUGUGAAGCUAGCCAGGUCUCUGAAAACAUAUGGAGUGUCAUUCUUCCUAGUGAAGGAGAAAAUGAAAGGCAAAAACAAGCUGGUCCCUCGUCUGCUGGGCAUCACCAAGGAGUGUGUGAUGAGGGUGGACGAGAAGAGCAAGGAGGUGAUCCAGGAGUGGAGCCUCACCAACAUCAAACGCUGGGCUGCCUCACCCAAGAGCUUCACCCUGGACUUUGGCGAUUAUCAAGACGGUUACUACUCCGUCCAGACGACUGAAGGGGAGCAGAUUGCCCAGCUGAUCGCUGGUUACAUUGACAUCAUUCUGAAGAAGAAAAAGAGCAAAGACCACUUUGGCCUGGAGGGAGACGAAGAGUCCACCAUGUUGGAAGAUUCCGUCUCACCCAAAAAGUCUACGGUGCUGCAGCAGCAGUUCAACAAGGUGGGCAAGGUUGAGACGGGCUCCGUGGCCCUGCCGGCCAUCAUGCGGUCCGGCGCCGGGGGCCCUGAGAACUUCCAGAUGGGCUCCAUGCCCCAGGCCAAGCAGCACAUCACCAGCGGACAGAUGCACAGGGGCCACAUGCCUCCGCUGACGUCGGCCCAGCAGGCCCUGACUGGAACCAUCAACUCCAGCAUGCAGGCGGUGCAGGCUGCCCAGGCCUCGCUGGACGAGUUCGACACCCUGCCUCCACUCGGCACAGACGCUGCCUCCCAAGCCUGGCGUAAGAACAAAAUGGACGAGUCCAAACACGAGAUCCACUCCCAGGUGGAUGCCAUCACGGCCGGCACCGCCUCCAUGGUCAACCUCACAGCAGGCGACCCGGCGGAGACCGACUACACGGCGGUGGGCUGUGCCGUGACCACCAUCUCCUCCAACCUGACGGAGAUGUCCAAGGGGGUGAAGCUUCUCGCCGCCCUCAUGGAGGACGAGGGGGGCAACGGGAACCAGCUGCUGGGGGCGGCCAAGAACCUGGCGUGUGCCGUGUCAGACAUGCUGAAGACCGCCCAGCCUGCCAACACCGAGCCCCGUCAGGUGCUCCUGCAGGCUGCGGGUAAUGUGGGCCAGGCCAGCGGUGAACUGCUGUCUCAGAUCGGAGAGGCUGACGCCGAUCCCCGUUUCCAGGACAUGCUAAUGCAGCUGGCUAAAGCCGUGGCUAACGCCGCCGCAGCGCUGGUGCUGAAGUCCAAGAAUGUGGCCCAGAAGACGGAGGACUCCGCUCUCCAGAACCGCGUCAUCGCCGCGGCAACCCAGUGCGCCCUGUCCACCUCCCAGCUGGUCGCCUGCACCCGGGUGGUCGCCCCAACCAUCAGCUCCCCGGUGUGCCAGGAGCAGCUGAUCGAGGCGGGCAAGCUGGUGGCCAAGUCGGUGGAGGGCUGCGUGGAGGCGUCGCACGGCGCCACCGGAGACGAGGGCCUCCUGAAGCAGGUGGGCGCCGCCGCCACCGGGGUCACCCACGCCCUCAACGAGCUGCUGCAGCACAUCAGGCAGUACGCCAGCGGGGGCAGGCCCAUCGGCCGCCACGGCGAGGCGACCGACCGCAUCCUGGACGUCACGGAGAACAUCUUCAGCUCCAUGGGAGACGCCGGCGAGAUGGUGCGUCAGGCCCGUAUCCUGGCCCAGGCCACCUCGGACCUGGUCAACGCCAUCAAGAUGGACGCUGAGGGAGAAACAGACCUGGAGAACUCUCGCAAGCUGCUGUCUGCCGCCAAGCUCUUGGCGGAUGCCACGGCCAAGAUGGUGGAGGCUGCCAAGGGGGCAGCGGCCAACCCGGACAGCGAGGAACAGCAGCAGAAGCUGCGAGAGGCGGCGGAGGGUCUCCGUAUGGCCACCAAUGCUGCCGCCCAGAAUGCCAUUAAGAAAAGGCUGGUCAACAAGCUGGAGAACGCAGCCAAGCAGGCCGCCGCAGCCGCCACUCAGACUAUAGCCGCUGCCCAGCACGCAGCCUCGUCCAAUAAGAACCCGGCAGCCCAGCAGCAGCUUGUCCAGAGCUGUAAGGUGGUGGCAGACCAGAUUCCUCAGUUGGUCCAGGGGGUACGUGGAAGCCAGUCCCAGCCUGACAGCCCCAGCGCCCAGCUCACACUGAUCGGGGCCAGCCAGAACUUCCUCCCGCCUGGUGCCAAGAUGGUGACAGCUGCCAAGGCAACAGUGCCCACCAUUAGUGACCAGGCCUCUGCCAUGCAACUCAGCCAAUGUGCCAAGAAUCUGGCCACUGCUCUUGCCGAGCUCCGCACAGCAUCACAGAAGGCACAGGAAGCAUGUGGUCCUCUGGAGAUAGACAAUGCUCUGACAGUGAUCCGAGGCCUGGAGAAAGACAUGACCGAAGCCAAGGCCUCAGCCGCUGAUGGAAAACUCAGACCCCUCCCCGGAGAGACACUGGAGAAGUGUUCUCAGGAUGUGGGCAACAGCACCAAGGCUGUGAGCUCUGCCAUCGCCCAGCUACUGAGCGAAGCCACCCAGGGCAAUGAGAACUACACAGGCAUGGCAGCACGAGACGUGGCUCAGGCUUUGCGUUCCCUGGCCUCGGCCGCCCGCGGGGUCGCUGCGACGACCACCGACCCUCAGGCCCGCAUCGCCAUGCUGGACUGCGCUGGUGACGUCAUGGACAAAUCUGCCAAUCUGAUCGAGGAGACCAAGAGAGCCAUCGCCAAGCCGGGAGACCCCGACAGUCAGCAGAGACUGGCACAGGUGGCCAAGGCUGUGUCUCAAGCCCUGAACAGGAGUGUGAACUGCCUGCCUGGACAGAGAGAUGUGGACAACGCCAUAAGAACCGUCGGAGAGGCUAGCAAGAAACUACUCGCCAAUUCUUUCCCGCCCAGCGGAAAGAGCUUCCAGGAGGCCCAGGCCAACCUGAAUCAAGCUGCAGCUGGACUCAACCAGUCAGCCAAUGAGCUGGUCCAGGCGUCCCGAGGCACUACCCAGGACUUGGCCAAGGCCACCGGAAAGUUCGGCCAUGACUUUGGAGACUUCCUGGCGGCCGGCGUGGACAUGGCUGGCCAAUCACAGAACAAAGAGGACCAGACACAGGUGGUGUCCAACCUGAAGACCAUCUCCAUGUCAUCCAGUAAGCUGCUGCUUGCUGCUAAGGUCCUGUCCACCGACCCCAACUCCCCCAACCUGAAGAACCAACUGGCUGCAGCCGCCCGGGCCGUCACUGACAGUAUCAACCAGCUCAUCACCAUGUGUACCCAGCAGGCCCCAGGUCAGAAGGAGUGUGACAACGCUCUACGUGAGCUCGAGACGGUUCGGGGAAUGCUUGAGAACCCCACUGAGGCCGUCAGUGACCUGUCCUACUUCGACUGCAUUGACAGUGUCAUGGAGAACUCCAAGGUCCUGGGAGAAGCUAUGGCUGGAAUCUCCCACAACACCAAGAACAGCAACCUGCCUGAGUUUGGGGAUUCUGUCAGCUCCGCCUCCAAGGCCCUGUGUGGUCUGACAGAGGCUGCCGCCCAGGGUGCCUACCUGGUUGGCGUGUCCGACUCAAACAGCCACGCGGGCCAGAAGGGUCUGGUGGACCCUGCCCAGUUUGCCCGGGCCAACCAGGCCAUCCAGAUGGCCUGCCAAAACCUGGUGGACCCUGCGUGUACCCAGUCCCAGGUCCUCUCUGCCGCCACCAUCGUCGCCAAGCAUACUUCAGCCCUCUGCAAUGCCUGUCGCGUAGCCUCCUCCAAAACGGCCAACCCGGUUGCCAAGCGGCAGUUCGUCCAGUCCGCCAAGGAGGUGGCCAACAGCACUGCCAACCUGGUCAAGUCCAUCAAGGCCCUGGACGGAGCAUUUAACCAUGAGAACCGGGAGAAGUGUAAAGCUGCCACUGGCCCCCUGAUAGAAGCUGUGGAUAACCUUACUGCCUUCGCCUCCAACCCUGAGUUCGCCAGCGUCCCCGCUCAGAUCAGCCCUGAGGGUCUGGCAGCCAUGGAGCCCAUCGUGGCAGCCGCCAAGACGAUGUUGGAGAGCUCCACAGGUCUGAUUCAGACUGCCCGCUCCCUGGCCGUCAACCCCAAAGACCCCCCCAAGUGGUCGGUGCUGGCCGGACACUCCAGGACCGUGUCUGACUCCAUCAAGAAGCUCAUCACCAGCAUGAGAGAUAAAGCCCCAGGGCAGAGGGAGUGUGAUGAGGCCAUUGAGGUGCUCAACAACUGUAUCAGAGAGGUGGACCAAGCCUCCCUGGCUGCCAUCAGUCAGCAACUGACUCCCAGAGAUGACGUCUCCAACGAGGCUCUUCAUGAGCAGAUGGCUGCUUCUGUCCAGGAGAUCAGCAAUCUGAUCGAGCCGGUUGCCAUGGCAGCCCGUUCUGAAGCCUCUCACCUCGGUCACAAGGUGUCUCAGAUGGUGAGCUACUUUGAGCCCCUGGUCAUGGCUGCAAUCGGCACGGCCAGUAAGCUCCAGAGCAACCAGCAGCAGAUGGCAGUGUUGGACCAGACCAAGACACUGGCCGAGUCGGCCCUGCAGAUGCUCUACACGGCCAAGGAGGCAGGAGGAAACCCCAAGGCGGCCCACACCCAGGAGGCCCUGGAGGAGUCCGUCCAGAUGAUGAAGGAGGCCGUGGACGACCUGGGAGCCACCCUGUCGGAGACGGCCAGCGCGGCGGGCGCCGUGGGCAGCAUGGUGGACUCCAUCACCGCCGCCAUCAACAAGAUGGAGGAGGGCCCGGCCGGCGAGCCCGAGGGCACCUUCGUGGACUACCAGACCACCAUGGUGAAGACGGCCAAGGCCGUCGCCGUCACGGUCCAGGAGAUGGUGACGAAGUCCAACACCAACCCGGAUGAGCUGGGAGGUCUGGCCAGCGAACUGACCAACGAGUUUGGUGACCUGGCAACCGAGGCCAAAUACGCUGCCAUCACUGCCGAGAACGACGAGAUUGGAUCACACAUCAAGAAGCAGGUUGGGGAGCUGGGCUUCAACUGUACUUCCCUGGUCACCAGAGCAGGAGCCCUGCAGUGUAGCCCCAACGACUCCUUCACCAAGAAGGAACUUAUUGAGAGUGCGCGCAAGGUCUCCGAGAAGGUGUCCCACGUGCUGGCUGCCCUCCAGGCUGGUAACCGUGGCACCCAGGCCUGCAUCACAGCCGCCAGUGCCGUGUCGGGGAUCAUCGCCGACCUGGACACCACCAUCAUGUUCGCCACCGCCGGCACGCUGAACCGCGAGAACUCUGAGACCUUCGCGGACCACAGAGAGAACAUUCUGAAGACGGCCAAGGCUCUGGUGGAGGACACCAAGCUGUUGGUGUCCGGCGCCGGGGCCAGCCAAGAGAGACUGGCCCAGGCCGCCCAGUCCUCCGUCACCACCAUCACCAAACUUGCCGACGUGGUCAAACUGGGCGCUGCCAGCCUGGGAGCCGAGGACCCGGAGACGCAGGUCGUCCUGAUCAACGCAGUCAAAGACGUGGCCAAGGCCCUCGGUGACCUCAUCACUGCGACCAAGGCAGCGGCGGGCAAGCCUCACGAUGACCCCGCCAUGCUGCAGCUGAAGAACUCCGCCAAGGUGAUGGUGACCAAUGUGACGUCCCUCCUGAAGACGGUGAAGGCGGUGGAAGACGAGGCCACCAAGGGCACGCGGGGGUUAGAGGCCACCAUCGAACACAUCAAGCAGGAACUGGCCGUGUUCAGCAGUGCCGAUCCUCCACCCAAAACAUCCACUCCGGAGGACUUCAUCCGCAUGACCAAAGGCAUCACCCUGGCAACGGCCAAAGCAGUGGCCGCCGGGAACUCGUGUCGCCAGGAGGACGUCAUCGCCACGGCCAACCUGAGCAGGAGAGCCAUCGCCGACAUGCUGCACUCGUGCAAGCAAGCAGCUUACCACCCCGAGGUCAGCAGGGACGUCCAGAGCCGGGCCCUACGUUACGGCAAGGAGUGUGCCGUGGGAUACCUGGGCCUGCUGGAGCACGUUCUAGUGCCGAUCAUCCAGAAGCCGACACACGAGCUCAAGCAGCAGCUGGCUAACUACUCCAAGCGCGUCGCCGGCUCUGUCACUGAACUCAUCCAGGCCGCGGAGGCCAUGAAAGGGAUGGAGUGGGUGGACCCCGAGGACCCCACCGUCAUCGCCGAGAACGAGCUCCUGGGUGCCGCCGCCGCCAUUGAAGCGGCCGCCAGGAAACUGGAGCUGCUGAGGCCGCGCACCAAGCCCAAGGAAGCGGACGAGAGCCUGAACUUCGAGGAGCAGAUCCUGGAGGCGGCCAAGUCGAUUGCAGCCGCCACCAGCGCUCUGGUCAAAGCUGCCUCUGCCGCCCAGCGGGAGCUCGUCGCCCAGGGGAAGGUCGGUGCCUGUCCAGCCAAUGCCGUGGAUGACGGGCAGUGGUCUCAAGGUCUCAUUUCGGCCGCCCGGAUGGUUGCUGCGGCGACAAACAACCUGUGCGAGGCGGCCAACUCGGCGGUGCAGGGCCACGCCAGCGAGGAGAAGCUGGUCAGCUCUGCCAAGCAGGUGUCGGCCUCCACCGCUCAGCUCCUGGUGGCCUGCAAGGUCAAGGCUGACCAGGACUCCCAGACCAUGAAGAGAUUACAGGCUGCCGGAAACGCUGUCAAGAGGGCCUCAGAUAGUCUGGUGAAGGCGGCACAGAAAGCAGCCUUUGACGCCCAAGACGAGCAGGCUGUUGUGGUCAAGAGCAAGAUGGUGGGCGGCAUUGCUCAGAUCAUCGCUGCCCAGGAGGAGAUGUUGAGGAAGGAGAGAGAACUGGAUGAGGCCAGGAAGAAGCUGGCCACCAUCCGACAGCAGCAGUAUAAGUUCCUGCCCUCCGAACUCCGGGAAGAUGGACAGGAGCAGUGAGGAAACUCAUACACACAUAUAUGCAGCGAAGACAAAUCAGAUGGUCUGGGCCUACACCCGGGCUUGUAGCGGUGAAAAGAGGAAGAGGAGGUAUUAUGCUUAAAUAGAAGCAAUUAUGGGGCAAGAUAAUUAAAAACAAAAUAAAAGGGGUAAAAAGUGAAAGUUCUAUCAGGAUGUUUAUUUUUAAAUUUUAUUUUUCUCUUUUUGUGAACUUUCAAGAGCAUUACAGCUCGACUGGUUGUUUUUGGAUAAUGCGAAAAAGUAUCCAAGUCCUUGAAGUAACUGUGUUUUUAAUAGUUUAUAUGUGAUUCAUUUAGCAUUUAAACCCUUUAGGCUCGCUGUUUGUAUCUAGAUUGCAUGUGUUCUUUGCGGCUACUUCAACUGCUUUUCUGUGUAAUUUCACAUCCACCUGCCGAUAAAUUAUAUUUGCCUUUCUUGCUCGAAUGCUAUUAAGAAUGCUAUUAUUUUAGUGAGCACAAUUAGUAUCUUGUUUUGGAGGUCAUUGUUAUUGAAUUACAAAUAUGCAGUCCCCAAAAGGCGGGCUUUCCCCAUACACCACUGAGAUCAGCUGGUGUUUGCCCUAAACAUGUGGCUUUGGUCAAAUUCCAUAGAAACCACGGUUUUAUGAGAAUGUGCAGGGUUUCAGAAAGGCUGUUAAUUUUUAUCUGAACUAAUGACAUUGAUCCGCAUUUUGUUGCCAAUUGGACCAGAGGUGGAUUUCUUUUCUUUGCGAUUAAACAAUUCAUGGAGAGAAAACAUAUCAUUUUCUAUUAGAUAAAUAAAGCUACGGUGUGUUACAAAUGGUAUAUUCUAUUAAAUGUACAUGUUAAUAAAGUAUCUGUAUUUGUUUGUGUCUUUAUAUGGACUCGGAUGUUGUUUUCUUUGAAGCUCAUAAAGCCAUACUUUUGUUCCUUCAGGACAUUGUUUUGAAUCAUGGACGACGGGUCCUUUGGGUGCUAUUGAGUGGUUUAAAAAUGUUUUAUCAGAUAUUAGAAACCAUGUCAUAUGCAUCUGAUACCCCACGGUAACCAGCAGAUUUUUAGAAACAAAUUUAGUUGUAGAUUUUGUGGUAAUUUCCCAUUACAAUAUAGUCCUGUGACAGCAAUGGAAAAAAAACGAUAUGUGUUCAUAUCCAGCUGUUAUUUACCCUGAACUGCCAGCCUAUUUCACCUUGCUAGAGUUUUACCUCUUUUGUCUAUCAACACAUCAAUGCAUCAGAAAGUGCCUGCUUAUAUGUAUUUUCAAACAAGUGUAAUAAUUAACUGUUAACGUCUCCCAUUUUCAAGUGCACUUAUUUGUUUAACUUAACAAAAUGUCAUAAAUCCACUCUUUUACAACA